AUGAUGUCCAAGUAUUUUGUUCUAUUUCUAGUCAUUAGUGCUUAUUAUGAGUCUACAGAAACAGCGCUAAUCAAAAGACAGCUUCAUGAAAAGAUCAAUCCGGCCAGUCGUACAUGGGAUGAAGCAAUUCGUUUAGCAAAAGAUUUUGCUUCACAAAUGACAUUAGAAGAACGAUGUAAUAUGACAGCGGGUGUUGGUGGACAUUGUGUUGGUUAUGUUUUACCUGUACCACGUUUGAAUUUCAAUGGACUUUGUUUCCAAGAUUCUCCAUCGGGUGUUGGUGAUGGUGUACAAUUUUCAACUGCCUUUGCAGCUGGAAUUCAAAUAGCAGCUACAUGGGAUCGUGAUCUUAUGUAUGAACGUGCUGCAGCAAUCGGUCAAGAAUUUCGAGGCAAAGGCGUUCAUUUUGCUCUAGGACCGAUGAUGAAUAUUGAUCGAAAUGCACUUCACGGACGAAACUGGGAAGGUUUUGGCGCAGAUCCGUAUCUUUCAGGCGAAAAUUCCUUUUAUUACGUACGAGGAAUUCAAGAUCAAGGUGUUGUUGCUACAGCUAAACAUUAUAUUUGUAAUGAACAAGAAUCAAAUCGUACUUAUCGUCCUAAGACGGGUCCAAGUCAAGGUUAUUCAGCUAAUCUCGAUGAUAAAACUAUGCAUGAAAUUUACCUUUGGCCAUUCAUGGACAGUGUUGCAGCUGGUACUGGCUCAGUUAUGUGUUCAUAUAAUCAAGUCAAUGGUACGCAAGCCUGUCAAAAUGAUAAAACAUUAAAUGGACUUUUAAAAGAUGAACUCGCCUUUCAAGGAAAUGUUAUGUCAGAUUGGGGAGCAACGAAAGUGAGUCUAGAAUCAGCUUUAGGUGGAUUAGAUAUUAACAUGCCUGGUCAUGAUAAUCUAAUGGGUUAUUCGUUACUUCAAUUCAUACAAAAUGGCUCCCUAUCAGAAGCAAGAGUUACUGAUAUGAUUGUUCGUAUUAUGGCACCUUAUUUUUUAGUUGGUCAAGAUCAAAAUUAUCCAUCUCUCGAUUUAAAUCGUGAUGCUAUUAGCGAUCAUUACGUUAUUAAUCAAGCAGUUGGUCGCGCAGGAAUGGUUUUAUUAAAGAAUGUCAAUAAUGCUUUGCCAUUCAACAGAAAUGUCGAUAAGUAUUAUUCUAUAUUUGGAUCAGCAGCAAGUCGUUAUAGUGAUGGUAUCGAUCCACAUGGUGUACUAGGAUUAGAUGGGGCAUUGUAUCAAGGUGGGGGAUCUGGUUAUGUUCGUCCAACUUACUUCAUUGAUCCAUUGACUUCACUUCUUGAAUAUGCACGUGAAUUUCAUCUUCAAAUCCAAUAUGUUAUCGAUCAAUAUGAUUACAGUGCGAUUAACAAUGCUUUGAAUAAUCGUGGCUUUUUCGGAGGAAAGUGUCUUGUCUUUAUCAAUGCUUGGUCAUCCGAAGGUCGUGACCGACAAAAUCUUUCCGCAUAUCAUGAUGGUGAUAAACUUGUUCAAAAAGUUGCAUCUCUAUGUAGUUCAACUAUUGUCAUUGUCAAUAGUGUCUCACAGCUUAAUCUUGAGCCAUGGAUUGAACAUCCGAACGUAACCGGAGUUCUCUGGUCGGGUUUACCGGGUACCGAAUAUGGAUCAGCUCUUGUUGAUAUUCUUUUCGGUGAUUAUAAUCCAGGUGGAAAAUUAGUUUUUACUCUUGCAAAGAAUGACUCAGAUUAUGGAACGAAUAUUUCUGAUACAUACAAUUCGAAUUACACUGAAGGUGUUUUUCUAGAUUAUCGUCAUUUUGAUAAGAAUAAUAUUGUACCAAGAUUUUAUUUUGGAUUUGGAUUAUCGUACACAACGUUUUCUUUUUCGAAAUUAAUUAUUUCAAAAGCUGGACACGAAAAUUAUUCAAUUGGACAAACUUUUCACCGACAACGUCGUUUAUCAGCAUAUGCCAACCAGCACUUACUAAAAUUCUACGAUCCUGCCUAUAGUAUAACAUUCACUAUUACAAAUGCAGGCGGAAGAGAUGGUUCUGAAGUAGCACAACUCUACUUGAGCUUCCCUGAAGAAGCUGCUCAGCCUCCAAAAAUUUUACGUGGUUUCGAACGCGUUUACAUCUCGUCAGGCCGAUCGAAACAAAUCACUUUGCAGUUAACACAACGCGAUAUAUCAUAUUGGAAUGUUAUCAAUCAAAAGUGGACGAUUGCAUCAGGAAAAUACACUGUUUCGAUUUCAACAUCAGCCAACAAUGCUGAUAUCAAAUUACAAGACACUUUCAACAUAUAA